AUGUCUGCGCAGCCUGUGCGAACAGGUGGGACCGUCAUGGACGCCCACAACCUAGGCUCGAACGUGUCCGAGGACUCGAGCGGCUCGACAGACGACCGCGUGCGCAAGUUCCAGAAGACUGGCGAUAAUGGCAGCCGCCUGCGCAAGACGAGCGCUUCUAAUGCCAUCUCUGCUGCACGCCCAGCGCCGCCUGAUACUAGACCGCUAGGCUCACAGAGGAGGACAGCGAAAGUGCCGCUGGGUCCCCGUGGGCCUCCACAGGACUUCUCGAAGCACAGGGUUGCCAGCGGAGCUUCCCUCGACAACCGUUCGUACCUGCCCGGUACGAGAAAUGAGCCCACGUCGAAGCCCGAGCCACGCUUCAGCUUCGCCCAGCAGCAAGACGCCGCUCACGACCCCACCGACACGAGCGGCUCGUACGACUUCCUUCCCACAGUCAACUUCGACGACUUCGCCAACAGCCUGGCAUAUGAGCCGGAGCUAAGCGACUUCCCUGCGCCUGGCAGCUUCAAGAGCACCGCACCGCCUAGCAGCAGCAGCACCUCGAACAUGCAGCCAUUCACUGCUGGCCAGGGCGACACACGACCAUCACGCAGCAACUCGUUUAUGCGCCGCUUCAGCCAGUCAAACAGCCGCAAGCCAGGCACAACGAACCCCUCCAGGCCGCCCGCGUCCGGCAGCCCUAUGUUCACUGACAAUACGUCAAUGCCACCUCCCACCACCAACAUGGCCAUUCGAACGAGGCGGCAGAGCCAAUUCCCCGCACAAGCACCACCGAACCCCGCAGCACGUGCACCACGAAAGAGUGUGGGUCCCGGUAUGCUGCCCAUGGGCUCCCUUGAAGGGCGCAACGAGCGCAACGAGAUGCCACGGUUGGCGAGCGGUAGUAUCGAGCAGAACGGGAUUGGUCGUUCGCCAUCUAAGAGCAAGGGCAAUCGACGAGAGACGGUGGCUGCGAACCCAAAUCCAUCGAACGCUACACAACGACUACCGAGUGCUACACGAACUGCGAAGGCGAAGUCGCUCCAGCCACCCUCGAGACAAACAUCCGGCCAGCAUCUGUCUGCCCACUCGCUGACACCAGAUCAAGGGGCCAUGCCUGGAGCCAGCGGUCGAUCGCCGGGCAAAUCACCUGCUCAGACUCAGCGUGAACACACUCCUUCCUCGUCCGCUAGCAAACGGCAGUCUACCGUGCCCCACCAUUUCGGUCUGGGAGCGAGGACUAUCAGUCCAACCGAUGCACGAAGGUUGAAGCGGCUCUCGAUGAAUCCGAAUAUGCCAGUCCCAGGUGGACCAGUUGGCCCUCCUACGCCACAGGGCGAUUUCACCUUCGACGACCAAGCAUUCAGCCAAUCUCCGGCUAUAUCGAUCAGGAAGAGCGAAACACCUUCCUCUGCGCGUGCCACGCCAGAGCAGAACCGCAAAUCGUACGCUUCAGGCAUCUCUUUGUCCUCAACAUCCAGCAUCAAUUCUUUGAAAGUUGGCGGUUCUUCAAUACCACUGCGUACUAACCCUACUCUGCAAAGCUCCAGAUUACCCACAGCGAAGCCACGAAACGUUCACAGCUCGGCUGGCGGGGAAACAGAAGAUGUGCCGCCCGUACCGGCCAUUCCCAAGGCUUAUGAAUCACCAAAAGACCCUGAACGUCAGACAUUCUCGUUCUCCACUGCAGAAGCGAAGCCGAGCACGCCGUCAGCAGCGAAUCAGAACCUGUACGGAAGCCGGGGCAAUGAGCGUACAAACAACGAAACGUCGCAUCCGAACUCUAGCGCAGGCUCCAUCAGGCACAGACGAGGACUCACAGUGGGAGCCACUGCUGAGGCUGACCGGACACCUACAAUGCAGCAUUCGAGCAAGAAGGACCUGCAGCCUAUCCGACUACCACCGCUGAAUCUACUGCCUCUCGAUACGCCCGUCAGCAACCGUAUCUCUUCGUUCCCAGCGCCGUCUGAUGAAGUUGACAAGCGCAACGUUACCCCACCACCAAAGCGAGCGGCCAACAAAACACCUAGCACGCCCAUGACAGCGUCGAAGACAAGCUUCUUCUCAGGCAGCGGCUACAAUGGAUACGAUUUUGGCAAGCACAUCCGCAGCAGCAGCUCCGCCAUAAACCUUCGAGGUGGUCAAGUCGCAAAGGACAACUCGCACAGCGGGCUGUCCGUAAUGCCAAUCUCAACCCUCGAUCCCGGACGACAAGCAAUGACUCCGUUCUCAUCUAAUUCCUUGCCGAAGGGUAGUGGUGAAUUUACCCACUUGCAGUCGCGCCCAAGCGGCGAGUUUCAGUCCAACGAGAAGGAUGUUGAGUUGCAAAACAUGACAGCUGCUGGUUCGCGCCCGCUCAAGAAGAGUAACACGACGGAUGGCACACAAUCUUCCACGUUGACUGAGCCAGAGACUCCAUCAGGCACGUCACUGAGGCGAAAGUUGAGUUUGGGUGGUUGGCGGCGAAGCGGUUCCAAAGCCGCGCCUCACCCCUCACAGAACCAGCAAACGCGGAAGGGCACUCAACAAGCAGACCCACCUGCUCCACAACCACCAAAACACGGGGACAUGCCACCUCCCCGUCUACCAGCCUCAGCUACAUGGAGUGGUACUAUCAAUACGAGCCCUACUCCUGACACGAACACGAAUCGCAUGCGGCCGUCACUUGACUUUGGUCGACGAAAACCGUCUACAGCCACGAUCACAAGUGAAAAUGAUUCUGAUGCGACAGCAGCACGCAAAGACACGAGAACUGCUCCUGCGCGAACAGCGUCAGGGUACAACGCACAACCGGCAGGUCAGCCUACUGCGAAACCAAGCUCCUCAAUCCUACCGUCCAUGCAAAGAAUGCUUGGUUCCAAGAGUUCUUCUAAUGUGCUCAGAGCUCGGAACCUGGAUCCGAAUCUCGACAGAGACGAUCUAAUGGCAGAUGAGGAGAUGAAGAAGCUUGCCUCCAAACGUAAGGACUUCGAGCAUGCGGCGCGUGAUGUCGAUGCACUUCGCAAGCGUGCUGCGCCUCAGGAACGUGUCACGGCAGCGCAAGCUUUGCAGAUGGUCAAUCUGAACAUCUUCGAAAGAGGCGAGAUCAUCGACUACAAGGAGAUCUACUUCUGCGGCACCAAAAAUGCCAAGAAGCAUGUUGGUGACCUCAAUGCACAGACCGCGAACUUCGGGUACGACGACGAUCGGGGCGAUUAUAACAUAGUCUUUGGCGACCAUCUCGCAUACCGAUAUGAGGUCGUUGACCUUCUCGGCAAGGGCAGCUUUGGACAGGUCGUGCGCUGUGUGGACCACAAGACAGGAGGGCUUGUGGCUAUCAAGAUCAUCCGCAACAAGAAGCGGUUCCACCAACAGGCUUUGAUCGAGGUCAAUAUCUUGCAGAAAUUGCGUGAAUGGGAUCCCGACAACAAGCACAGCAUGAUCAACUUCACGCAGAGCUUCUACUUUCGUGGGCAUCUUUGCAUAUCUACUGAGCUACUCGGCAUGAACUUAUACGAGUUCAUUAAAGCCCACGAGUUCAAGGGCUUCUCGACACGUCUGAUCCGUCGCUUCUGCAAGCAGAUACUUAGUUCACUGGUUCUUUUGAAGACCCAACGGGUGAUUCACUGCGAUCUGAAGCCGGAGAACAUCCUGCUCGCACAUCCACUACACUCAGAGAUCAAGGUCAUCGAUUUCGGGUCCAGUUGUUUCGAGAACGAGAAGGUCUACACAUACAUCCAAUCGCGUUUCUACCGAUCACCGGAAGUCAUCUUGGGCAUGAGCUAUGGCUUGCCGAUCGAUAUGUGGAGUCUGGGCUGUAUUCUCGCUGAGCUUCUUACAGGCUACCCCAUUUUCCCAGGUGAGAACGAGCAAGAGCAGCUUGCUUGUAUCAUGGAAAUCUUCGGACCUCCAGAAAAGCACCUCAUUGAGAAGAGCAGUAGAAAGAAGCUCUUCUUUGACUCUCUAGGGAAACCGAGAGUUACCGUCUCUACAAAGGGACGCCGCCGUAGGCCGAGCUCGAAGACCUUGCAGCAAGCUCUCAAGUGCGACGAUGAAGCUUUCCUAGACUUUAUCGCACGCUGUCUUCGCUGGGAUCCUGAGCGCCGCAUGCGGCCAGAUGAGGCGAUGCAGCACGAGUUUAUUACUGGAGCUCGAAGAAACGCUGGACGACGACCUGUCGUUAACACCGCUGCGGGCACCGCAUCUCCUGUUAAACGAGCACCGGUUGCUCAAACUCCGCAGGCCCGCGUACGACCCCUCCCGGAGCCUCCUGCGACAAGCAUCAAGAACGGCGCCGCAGUCAACAGCAAUCAACGCGUGCCAAGUAGUUCCCCAGUGAAGCCCAGCGUGCCUCGACGCCACUCAACGGUCAGUGGCCCACCCGGCCCCGGAGGAACGGGGGUCAAGCGAGCGGCAAAUGGGGCCCCAGCCAACGCUCCGAGCAGUCUACCGCGGGUUGCCCAGCGUAGCGUAUCUGGCAAGCCUGAUCUUGCCUCAGCGGCGGCCAUCGCCAGUCUUGUAAGUUGGCAUCUGUGAACACCUGUUGAUUAGUAUACUAACAAUCGCCAAGCAGAAAACGCGCUAGCCGUUAUGAAUUCGGAUCAGUGCUACAAACUUAUGGCACCAGCCAGCUAUGUCAGCAUAUCAUGAGGACUUACAACUAUUUAAUACCGGUUUUGAGGUUGAAGUGGACGGGUGAGCUCUGCGCAUUGCGGAGCUUGUUGUGUGUCUUCCCUUCGCAUGCAUUCGUUGUAGAUGUUUAUACCCAGAAAAGCUGUGGCUUUAUCUUCAUG